AUGCGUGCCGUGGAAGUAUCACCCCCAGCGACGGCGUCCAAGGAAGCUGCGGCCGCGUCGACUGAACGCACCCCAUUGCUGAAGUUCCAUCCACGUCCGAUUGAAGUCGGGUCGAUGCAGCAGCAGGAAGAGAUGGAUGAAAUGUCCUUUUGGGAGCGUGUUUCCUCCCCGCUUCAUCCGGUGUUGAACAAGGUGCAGGAGCACUGCCACUAUGAGUGGGUGGCGGCUUUGUUGUCAGCCAUAAUGUUGGUGGCGCUUUUUGUGAUUGUAUUUUAUCUGGACACCCCGCCCAGGCCGGUGCACUGUGUGACGCCGUUUGGUGAACUGUUAGGGGAAAGCAACGGCGUAUUAGCCUUCAGCAACUGCAACAGAGACUAUCGCGACGUGGAGGAGCACUUUGUACUUGUCAAGACAUCACAGGUGCACAGCGGUUUGAAGUGGCGUUCCGUAGAGUAUGCGCGACGGUUUUGGUUGCUUGCAAAGCAGCCGGCAGUGCAGUUCAUGUCCGUCACGUGUGCAGAAGAUAUAUGGACAAGGGUCGAUUAUGCCUAUUACAUCAAUGGGAAACGCGUCAAACUCUUGAAGUAUGAGAACAUGAUGGCCUGUGACCAAGCCCCGCUGUCAAAGACAACUAUGAAAAAGGGUCAGUGGAAACAUUACGGUCCGCAAAUUGGGGAUCUACUUGUCUACGCAAAUGACAGCCGUCUACCAGGCGGACACGUCGCUGUCGUUGUGGGCCGAGUUUCACAGCCACCCCAUGCCGUUUCUAACACGUCGUGGAUUAGGCAAUGCUCCCUGCUCCUGGCAGAGCAAAACUGGGAUAAUGCGCGAUGGCUUUACAACGAAACCUUGAGGGGGAGGGACACACCAACAAGCACCGCAGUGCCUCUUCACUACUCACGCAAGGUCUUACUGCAGGAGGUGGAUAGCACACGAAAGAUGUGUGUGAAAGACCCACGUGGAACCGUGCUCGGUUGGGUUCGUGUGUGA